CUUGCAACGCAGGAAAUGUCAGCUGGCGGUUGCCGUAAUUAUUCAUUGUAAAAUCUGUGAUAAAAGAUUUACUCGAAGAGUUUUCUGUGAUAUAUUAUUUAAAUCAGCAAUAUAAAAGGCCACAAUGAAAAAUUAACAUAAAGUGAAAAUAUGAAAUAUUCUCAAAAGUGGCCUGCGAUUUCACUUGCAUUUUUAUGGUUUGUGACGAGAUAAAAUGAUAAAAACUCUGACUGAACUGUCUUAAUUAUUCUUUAUUUUCAUGUUGUUAUUGUUUAAGUGUUAUCAAGUGUAAAUAAUAAACGCAAGUGUGUUAUAUUGUUGACCCCAUAUCUUGAUUGCACCUGUCACCUGGGGAUUUUAAGUUCAUUUGUACCAUCAGACCAUUUAAAGGAUUAGUUAUUAUAUAGCUAAAAACUCAACAAAACAGCGAUCAUGAACGGAUCGGAAUCCGGGUUCAACCCGGCAUUUAACAUAGCCACAAUUAAACAAGUUGUAAAUGAAGCAAUAGAGAGAGUCGCGCCGGUUUCAGUACGGAUGCAGACUCCCACCCGUCUUAGGGAUCUGAUCCGUCAAAUUCGUGCCGCCAGAACGGCUGCGGAAGAACGGAGUGUUGUGAAUAAGGAGUGUGCAUAUAUACGAUCAACGUUUAGAGAAGAAGACAGUGUCUGGAGCAGAUGUCGCAACAUAGCGAAGCUCCUUUACAUCCAUAUGCUGGGUUAUCCAGCGCAUUUUGGUCAACUGGAGUGCCUGAAACUGAUAGCCAGCCCUCGCUUCACGGACAAGAGGGUUGGAUAUUUGGGUGCGAUGCUGUUAUUGGAUGAACGGCAAGAUGUACACUUGCUCAUCACUAAUUGCUUGAAAAAUGACCUGAACAGCAACACACAGUUUGUUGUGGGGCUAGCGCUCUGUACACUCGGGGCUAUCGCGUCACCAGAAAUGGCGAGAGACCUCGCAUCAGAGGUGGAACGUCUGAUAAAGUCCCCGAACGCCUACAUCAAAAAAAAGGCAGCCUUAUGUGCCUUCAGGAUUAUAAGAAGAGUACCAGAUUUGAUGGAGAUGUUCUUGCCGGCUACGAGAAGUCUGCUUACUGAGAAAAAUCAUGGUGUUCUUAUCACGGGCGUGACCCUUAUCACGGAAAUGUGUGAAAAUAGUCCGGACACUCUGAAUCACUUCAAAAAGAUUGUGCCGAACCUGGUGCGAAUAUUGAAGAACCUCAUCCUUGCUGGUUAUUCACCGGAGCAUGAUGUUAGCGGUGUUUCCGACCCAUUCCUUCAGGUGAAAAUUCUCCGCCUGCUCCGAAUUCUAGGCAAAAACGAUGCGGAAGCUUCCGAAGCGAUGAACGACAUCCUUGCCCAAGUCGCCACAAAUACUGAAACGAGCAAGAACGUUGGCAACACAAUAUUAUACGAAACUGUACUCUCUAUCAUGGACAUCAAGUCUGAAAGCAGCUUGCGUGUUCUGGCCAUCAAUAUUUUGGGGCGUUUCCUCCUUAAUAAUGACAAGAACAUCCGAUAUGUGGCGCUCAAUACGCUGCUGAGAACUGUCCAUGUCGAUACGUCAGCGGUUCAGCGGCACAGAACAACUAUAUUGGAGUGUUUGAAGGACCCAGACGUGUCCAUACGUCGUCGCGCGAUGGAGCUCUCCUUCGCCCUAAUCAACAGUCAGAACAUCCGUGCAAUGAUGAAGGAGCUACUUCUCUUUCUGGAGAGGUCUGAUGCGGAGUUCAAAGCGCAUUGCUCCAGUGCCAUGGUUCUGGCCGCUGAGAGAUACGCCCCGUCGUCCAAGUGGCAUUUGGAUACGUUGUUCCAAGUCCUAUUGAAGGCCGGGAAUUACCUUCGCGAUGAUACAGUAUCGAACACGAUACAGAUAAUUUCGUCUGCGCCCGGCGAGAGGCAGGCGUACGCGUCUCAGAGAUUGUGGAUCUCUUUGGAAAGAUCAGCUGUUUGUGGCGAUUCCACUGAGAAACAGCCAAUUAUUCAGGUGGCUGCUUGGACGAUAGGAGAGUACGGAGACAUGUUGGUGUCUGAAGCCAGCAAUGCCAUAUCCAUGGUCGAUGAUGAUGGAAUUGAUGAAUUUGUCCGUCCGUCGGAAGAAUACGUGAUCGAUAUAUACCAGAAGCUGUUGUGGUCCACCCAACUGUCAAUCACCACGAAGGAGUUUCUUCUGUUAUCUCUGGCCAAGCUGUCAACUCGAUUCACCACACAACCCAGCCAAGAUAAAAUACGCGUCAUCAUUGAUACAUUUGGCUCCCAUAUUCACAUAGAGCUGCAACAACGUGGUGUUGAACUGUCGCAGCUGUUUAGACAAUACGCUAACCUUCGACCAGCGCUCCUAGAGAGAAUGCCGGCCAUGGAAGUGGUCAGCACGGGAGAGAGAGACGACAGCGACACAGAAAUUGAACCAGCUGCGCCUGCGCAUACAACGCAACCCGAUCAGGACGCGCUAUUGGAUUUAAUAAUUGGUUCGGAGCCAUUGUCCAAUGGAGAUGUGGAACACGCACCACCUGCCGCUAACAACAAUACUACCAAUGAUAUUCUCGAUCUCCUAAGCGGUCUGGACCUGACAGCACCUGCUCAGGCGCCAAUGGGCGUAAUGGGCGCGCCGAUCACCACGCCCAUGAGCGUAGCAAACAACAAUGUAUCGCCCCUACUUGACGGCCUAUUCACAUCGCCAGCCCCAAUUACACAAAUGCAAGCGCCGGAUACCAUAGUAACAGCGCUAGAGCGUAAUGGGCUCAAAGUGGAACUGCACGUUCAACGCGGAGGUGAGACGGCUACGAUCACUAUGAAGGCGCAUUCCACUGCUGACACCGCUAUGAGCGAGUUCCUCUUUCAAGCAGCCGUGCCCAGAACAUUCCGCCUGGACAUGAUGUCUCCAUCGGGGAGCGUACUCACUCCACAAGGAGAGAUCACCCAACUUCUAAAAGUUACUAAUCCUUCCAAGACACUGCUCCGUCUCAGAAUAAGGAUAUCAUACACAAUCGAUGGCAACCCAGUAUUGGAACAGGCGGAAGUCAACAGUUUUCCCACGGAUUUGUUCAACUGACGACCUGUCUAUUUCUAGUGUGGACAUUGGAACUACUCGCUGGAUGUUAGAUGAUAUUGUAUUGGAUGAUCUAUGGUAAAAACUAGAAAGUAUUGACUCAAUAAAUCAAUUUACAUACUGUAAUCAAAGGCAGCUUAAUUAUGAAAAAUAUUUUACUUUUUUGGAGCCAGUAUAUGCGACUUUCUCUUGAUUCUCAGAUUCUGAUUGAGAUUGAGCUUUUCAAUACUAUACAGUUUAUACUAAACAGUUUUUUUUCCUAAAUGCGCAAUUAAUAUUUGAAGGUACAAUAUAAAUGUUAAAUAAAAGUCCAACUACCCGCAAUAUCAUCAAUAUUUCGCGGUACAGUGUCUCAGUUGGCCAUAUUGGCUUCUAGAAAAUGGUCUGAGCAGCUUGAAUGGAUAUCGGUAGAUCCCUCACUUUAGAGAUUCUUUAACAUUCCACUUUAGAUUAUAUUGCUUAUAAGUAUGUGUACAUAAGGAUAAAUGUUAUGUAAAUUGCACAUAUUUCUUAUACUUCAAAAUUAUUUUCCACUCAAUAUUCCUUUUGUACAUAUAUUUAUGAGAGAACAACUAAAAGACUUAUUCCUUCGUGUGACUAGUGUCUAGGUCCCAACGUAACAAUGUGGGGGAGUCUUUGAUAACUGAUUUCAAAAACUACUCAUGAACUCCAAUAUUCAAAAUAUUUUAAAAAUUUUACUGUAACAAAAACCCUGUAUUUGACUAACAUAUCUAAAAUAUCUUUGUAGUAGCAGUCUUAGAAACUAAUAUCCAUAUAUUAUAUCAUCACAAUUCUACUAUAUACUAACUUAACUUGUCCAAUUAUCAUUAUUGUCAAGUAUUAUUUAUACAUAUAUGUAGAAAUCCUAAAUUUACAUUUCCAAAAAUCUUGACAAUCAUUUAGGGCCAUAAACACUCACUGUCUAUGAAAUAUUGUUUAUUGUAAUUUUAUAUGAACAGCUGAUAGGUCAACUUUUAAAGGUGAAUGACCCGAAGUUGUACUUUUUAAAUAAAAUGUAAAAUAUUAUACUAUAUUGCAUUGUACAGGGUUUUUGUUACAUUAUAAAAUAAUAAUGUUUUUGUAUUAUAUUUUAUUUUCAGUAUUAUAUACAAUCUCUAAAAUAUUUCUCAAGUUAUAAAAUCUUAUUCAUAUAUUGGGUUCAAUGAAUAGUUUUUAAGUAUUUAGAUAUUGGCUUUACUUUUGCUGUUAUUUGGUAUUUGCUGCCGCGUAUAGAGAUGACUGUUACUCUCAGUUAGAUUAUAGGAAUCGGGCUGAAUCAUCUAUAUAAUGUAUAUAGUGGCAUAUAUCUGUAUAAUAAGAUGUAUAGUAAGAAUGAUGAAAUGUACUUAAUAUCAUAUUUUUAUUACUUUAGCGUCUAUACCCACUAAUGUAGUCAAUAUCACGAUUUAUUUAUUAAUUAAGAUUAUUCUGCAAUUUUAUGUUUUUAAUUACUUUUAUCGCUUGACCAAUUUCAACUUAAUUUACCAACCUCCCUGUUUUGUAAAUGAAGAAAGAAAAAUAAACAAUUCUCACAAUCAAAAUACUAGCUGUAAUUGCAAAUUGUAAAAUUUUCUAUAGAAAAUGUUUUUGCUUUCCAGUCUUUUCUAGAAAAAUUUACAAUUUAUAAAUAUUACCAUUAGUACUUUGCUAGCGUUGUUUUGGUAAUGUUAAGUUUUAACAGAAUUGACUGUAGAACAUACACCAUGUUAUUUAAGUUUCUACUAACCUUUUAGAUUGUAGUAAAUUAUACUGCCUCCCUAGAUCAGCGGUAUAAUGCAAAGCGUGGAGGUGAAUUAGUUUAUGCCGUCAAUUAUAUUGUUCCUUACUAAGUUUGUGUUGCAAUGUAAAUAAUUAUACAGAUUUACUUUUGUAGCUAUUGCAGAUUCUAUAUCUUACAAAUCCUUGAAAAGUAUAAUAAAAUGAAAUUUCAUAAAAUUCAGGUUAUUCUAUAAAAUCACUUCCAAUAUUAAUUUAAAAUUCUAUCCAAUCAAAUUACAAGAACAAUGUGCCGACAUUAUUAACCCAACCCAACCCUUUUGGGACAUAUAUAUAUUAUGACCCAAAUACAUAAGCCUCAAACUUAGAAGCUGAUCAGCAUUAUUAGUAGAAUCUAUACUUUGAAUAAAGUAGUUGCUAUGUUUGAGUGCCGUUUGUGUGGGCUUUUUCCUAUUUUAUUCUAGCUUAACUAACAUACCAAGUCAAUUUCAUUUUUUUUGCCCCAGUACCAUUUUGAUAUCCAAACUUAAUGUCUGCAUGUUUCAGUGUAUUUCUCAAUAAUUUUUAAUACCUAUCUCCACUACUCAGUCUGUUAAGUCCUAGUUGAUUCCCAAGGUCCUGUAUUUGUUAAUACUAAAACGUUUUAUUAAAUCCCAUCAAUUUUAAAUGCACGUGUUUUACAGUUUAUUUUUUCGCACGAGCUUCGCAGUACGCAAUUUGGUGCUUUAUUUUAUGUAAGUCUAGAAGGCCCUCCAUGUGAGACGAUUUAAAGCUAUGUGAAAGAUGUACAUAAUGAUUUUAUGUAAAUUGGUUAAUAAAUAUGUGAGAAUGUUUAUAUAAUCA